AAAAUAUUGUCACUGUUGGGGAAUUUUGAAUGUUCAGCAGGGUUACCAGUUACCACAUGUUGAGCUGCUCACAGAUGUGGCCAGAAGCUGCUCACCUUUGCAAGCAACCACCGCAGCCAUCUUACCUCUUGCUGGCAUUCACACCAUUUUCAACGACUACCUUACUCUUGCAAUGCUUGUGAAGUCUGCGCGCGGGGUGCCCACUUUGUCAGGCCGCCCAUGCGUGCCCGAUGGAAAGGCAAGUCUUUGCCUGAAACCUUCACUUCAGCAUCCGGAGGUGGGAAACCUCUUCCUCUCCAUUUUGAUGUCCUUCGGGGCUUUCCUUUUUGUUGGUGCCGCGUGCCUCCUGAUUUGCACUGUUGUUGGGCGUAUGCUUCGUUGUUUCCAACGAGACAAGCAGGAACCCCAGGAAUGCAAUGAGCAGCCAGAGCAGCCUGUGCAGCCUGGUCUAGCAUCCAACUCCCCAUAUCCUAGAGUGAGCGUGGCGCAGCAGUUCUUGCAGCAUGCUGCGCUGCGCGCUCGCUCCCAACCCCUCCUGUGCUACGAAAUCUGCAAAUGAUGUCCGAUUCCUUUCCCACGAACGCUGACCUUUUCCUGGGAGGAACGAAAUGGGCCUCGAAGAGAAUUCGACGGAAUUCAGUAGACUUCCAUCUGAGUGUGGUGCACGACACCAGUGUCGUGUGUCACACCAGGUCCAGGAACUGAUCUGUAUCCAGCGUCCUUCCAGUUCCAUAGGGGUGCCUAUUGGAAGUCGAAAAUGCCCCGAUCCACGGCCCCUGGAUGCGACAUGGUCAUCCCGACGCUCGGACGUUGGAAGAGCGUCCAGGAGCCCAAUCGGGCUGCCUUGAUGUGCGCUGGCGGAGAAACGAUCACCUGUGAGCAGUUGCUUGCUUGUGCAAUUCAAUGUGGGCAACUUCUUUCACGCCAUUUGCCGACCCGUGACGUGACGCCGGUCUCGCUGGUUGCGCUGUACAUGCACAGUGGACCUCGGCUGGUGGCCGCAGUGCUUGGAGUGUGGUUUGCAAAAGCCGCUUGGACACCCCUGGACCGUAAGAGUCCACAUAAAAGGUUGGAGGAGUUGGUGAGGCAGAUACAACCUUCCGUGGUGCUUUGCGAUGAUGCUUCACCCUUCCAGCACUUGGAUGUGCCGCUGGUUGACGCAGUGACCAUGUCCUUCAAUGGGUCGAUGGACCGGAAUGAAAGCAACUUGGACCACUUGGAGGAGCCGUUGGACCAGGUGGCGCAAGUCAUCUACACCUCGGGAUCCACCGGAGUGCCCAAAGGCGUGAUCUACACCCACGGCCGCUUGGCGCACUCCACGCACUUCUUUGCGGAAGAGUGUGGCGUAGCAGGGAGCCGCAUUUUGCAGAAGACACCCAACAUUUGGGCCGUCUUCCGCCACGAAGUCUACCCAGCCCUCUGCAGAGGUGGCCUCAUUGUCCAUCCGAAGCCAGAAGAUGCCAGUGACCCAAGACACCUAGCUGAGGUCAUCAGCGACGCUUCAGUGUCAUUGCUGGUUGCUACACCCACGAUUCUUGAGCUCAUUGUGGACUCAGGAGUGUCACUGAGUAGUUUGCGGCAAGUGGUUUGCAUGGGGGAGCCACUCUCCUGGCGCUUGGCUGGCAAGAUUUUGAAGCAACUUCCUUCGGUUCACCUCAAGAACUUUUAUGGCUCUACAGAAACCGAGAACACCAUCUACAGGGUACCGCCGAAUGGCAACUUCAGUCAAGAAUCUGCUGUACCAGCAGGGCAGCCACAGCCUCAUGUCUCCGUUCAUUUGUUGAAAGUUGACUCCCUGGAGCUGUCUGAUGCUGAUGAGGAUGAAGGUGAGAUUUGCUUCGCCGGUGUGAUGUCCUCGGGCUAUUGGCAGCGGCCAGACCUCACGUCUGUGACCUUUGUGGAUCAUCCGCAGCUCGGUCGGCUCUACCGCACCGGUGACCUCGGUGCGUGGAAGAGAGGGCAGCUGCAUGUCUCGGGUCGCAUCGAUCGACAGGUGAAGGUCCGGGGCUGUCGAGUGGAACUUCAGGAGUUGGAAUUUGCCUUGAAGACCCUGAGCUCCGAAGCGUCUGAUGGACUUGGAGGACUGCAGGAACUGCAGGAAUGCUCUGCUGUGGUGGCAAGUGCACCGGCUUCACAUUUGCAGAUCGUGGUGUUCGUUUGCCCAGAGACUUUGGACCUUGAUCUGAUUCGUGAGCAGGCGACUACGCGGCUCUCGCCACAACUGAUGCCAAGCCUCUUUACUGCUUUGCCACAGCUCCCACGCCUGGCCAAUGGAAAAGUGGAUUUGGUGAGCCUCAAGACUCUUGCUUCCAAUUCUCUUGCAAAGCAAAGCACCGAGACGCAUGCUGUUCUUGACUCCUUGGGCAUUCUUCAGCACCUGACCAAGUCACAAAUUGAAGAGGACAGGUGGAUACAGAACCAGCAGGCCUUUUGGACUUUGUUGGUCAUGAUGGAACAUUUUCACUUCACCCGUGGAGCCGCAAGAAGUGGACAAGCCUACGGCUAUGGUGACUCUGACUUCGUGGCCCUCUUCAUCCUGAUUGAUGUUUGCCAUUGCAGGGACAUGGUUGCAUUCUUGCUCCUUCUUGGCUUUACUGACUCACGCAUGAAGGGAAGCAUCCACUCGUUAGGUCCUCGAGAUGCGGCAGUCUUCAUCACUGCACUCUUCAUGACCCUGAUCUUUGGACCAGUGCAUCGGGCUGUGCUCACAGAUUGGGACACCUUCCCUCAAGUUCGAGUGGGUCCCGAGUGGUUUCUCUACACCUACUUUUGGGCGCGCGUGGUGUUGCUGGGGCUUUGUCAUGUUGCUCGACCUGGCCUGUGGCAAGCAAUGUUCAUGUUCUUGAUGGCCUUGUGUCCAGAUGAUCUCUUUUGGCUGCAGCUCCCUAUGUCAUUGCGUGCUUCGCUUGAGGACAACGUCCCAUUGGACACGAAAAGCCUGAAGUUCACAGGAUUCUUUCUACCUGCUUGCUACCUACUCUCCUUUUAUGCCUCCCAGGCUGGGAUUGUCACUUGGUGUAAACGAUCCGGACAGCGUCUUAUGCAAAGGGUGGUAGAGGUCACUUCGCUGUUGGAGUGGAAGCUGGAGCUGAGCUUCUCUUUGGCGUGCUUUUCGCAAUGGCUUGUCCUUUCAUUGCUGUGUGGAAGGUGGCCCAAAUGGAAUAUGAUCCCCUUUGCCUAUCAAGAUGGAUAUCAAGCGGUUUUUGUGGAAGUGGGAGACCACACAGUGUCUUGGGACUAUAUGACCAAUCCUUCGUUAUUGCUUUACUUGGCCAUUUGGAUCGGGGAAGCUUUGCUCCUUCUUUUGCCGGGCAUGUUCAUUGCUUUGGGAAUGGUCUACCUUCCAUGGCACUUCAAAACGAUGGGUACCGCUUCCUUCGGCAUCUACGUGAUUCACGUCCCAAUUGCAUAUACUCCAUGGAUCAGACAUUUUGAGGCUCCAAUACUGCAGCGAAUCACCGACCCUGCUUGGAACGGAGGGAUCAACCUCCUCAUUGUUCUUGCUUGGAAUGCCUUGUUUUGCAUCAUUUUCGCUCACUCCAUUGGUGCGAAAUUUCAUCAAUUGCUCGUCUCAACAUUGGCGAAAAUCGCUCAACUGCAAAACGUUUUACAGCAGAAGGCGACGCACAAAGAUAUCGACUCUGUUCCUGAAUGCGUCUAACGACACUUUUGAAACGACGCCUGGAAAG